AUGCUCUGCUCUGCUGCAUGCGCCCGUAGACUGAAGGCAGCACUUACAGCAGCGGGAUUUAAGGCCAUUCUCUGGUCGUGGCAGCAGCAGCAGGAGCGCACAGGGCAACAGAAACAGCAACAGCAGCAGGGACACUGGCAGCAGCAGCAGCAGCAGCAGCCAGGGCCGACGGCCCCACCAGUCUCAUCCUUCGCUCUAGGCGCUUUCCCCAGUCAAACCAAUGAAGCAGCAACAGCAACUCUAGCAGCAGCGGUGGAGGCAGCAGCAGCAAAAAGGGUGCUGCUGCGGCGCUGCAGCAAAGGCGGCGACAUGCAGGACCAACGGAUUCAGCAGCACCAGCAGCGGCUGCUGCUGGAGCAGCCACAACCGCAGCAGCCGCAUCUGCACCAGCAGCUAUUGCAGCAGCAACCGCUGCAGCAGCAGCCGUUGCAGCAGCAGCCGCUGCAGCAGCAGCCACUGCAGCAGCAGCCGAUGCAGCAACAGCCACUGCAGCACUUGCAGCAACAGCCCUACAUGCAGCAUAUCCCCGCUCACACUCAGUACUCACAGCAUGGGCAGCAGCAGCAGCAGCAGAUACCGCCGCAGCCUCCAAGGCCUUUGGAGCUGCAGGAUCAGCAGCUACAGCGCUCGCCUCUGCAGCAGCGGCAGCAGCAGCAGCAGCAGCAGCAACGGAGACGGAGCCAGCUGCAGCAGCGCUCCUACGAAGGUUCAGCAGGGGGUGCUGCUGCACCCUCGUUAGCGGCAACACCAGCAGCAGCAGCAGCAGCAGCAGCAAAGUCUUCGGCUGGGCAGCAGGCUGCUGCCCCGGUGCGCACUAUGCACAGCAGCCCACGGGAUCAGCAGCAGCAGCAGCAGAAGCAGCAAAGUGCUUCCAGCUCUUUACGGGCAAUUUCUGCUUCUCAAGGGACGGAAGCAGCAUUUCCACGUGUUGCUGCAGCAGAUCCAGCAGCAGCACCAGCAGCGAUACCCCCUGGAGCUGCCGCAGCAGCAGUUUCCCCCGCAGCAGCAAUACCCCCCGCAGCAGCAGCAGCAGCAGUAGCAGGACUAACCCCAGCAGCAGCAGCAGCAGUAGGACGGUUCAAGCCGCAGUGGCUGCCUAACUACGGAGUAGCAGCAGCAGCUGUUACGGAAGCGCGGCAUGCUCUCGAGACUAUUGCGGGUGCAGCAGCAGUUGCUGCAGCACGCGCAGCAGCAGCAGCAGCAGGGGGUGCAGCAGCAGCAGGCAGUGCCUGCCCGCCACUGCCGCCGUCAAAGGCCCAGCAGCUGCAGCAGCUGCUGGAGGAGAUUGACUUGGCUGUUGCUGCAGUGCAGAGCCAGCAGCAGCAGCAGCAACAACAGAUGUGGCUGCUGCUGCCGCAGAGGAACGUGACAAACAAGCUCGAAGAGCAGCAGCUACAGCAACAGCUUCAGCAGCAGCUUCAGCAGCAGCUGCAGCAGCUGCAGCAGCAGCAGCAGCAGUUGCUGUCACUCCGCUCCCUGGGGCAGACAAUCUUGGGGUGGGUCCCCGGGGCCUCUUUUUUGUCGACAGAGGAUGCAGCAGCAGCAGCUGUUGCUGCUACUGCAGCAGCAGCAGGUAAUAAGCUGCCGCAGACCCUCAGGUCCCCCGAUCUCUGUGGCCUCACGCCGUUGACUGGCAGCAGCAGCACCACCGGAUUUAGCAGCAGCAGCAGCAGCAGCAGCAGCAACAGCAACAGCAACGCAGCAGCUAGGGACCUGCUGCCUGCCCUGCAGCCGCAGCAGCAGCAGCAGCCGCUGCUGAAGCAAGAGCUUCCUGGGGGCUCACUCAGCGACGGAGCCAGGCGAGCCCCUGCUGCUGCUUCUGUUUCUGCUGUUGCUGCUGCUGCUGCUCCAACAGCAGCACAGGUCUCACAGCUAUUUGCUGCCCCUGAUGAUCUGCCGGGGGUACCGGCGCUGCUGCAGCUGCUGCGCUACACCUUUCCUGCUGCUGAGAAGCAGCACAGGCUGUCUCUGUUGCUGCAGCAGCAAGAGCAGCUUCUGCAGCAGCUGCUGCAGGAGGAGCAAACUGCGAAGCAGCCCUCUGCCGCAUGCGCGGAGUCCACAGCAGCAGCAGCAGCAGCAGAGUGCGAGAGCCCGCCUUUAGGCCUUUCGGAUGGCCUUGCGGGCGCGUCGAUGUUUAGUGCAGCGGCAGCAGCAGCAGCAGCAGCAGACACAGCAGCAGCAUCAGCAGCAAGCGAUGGUGUGUCUCCGCCUGAGCCAGUUGUUGUGCCAGUCCCGCUGCAGCAGGGGCCCCCUGCUGCAGGCUGGCUGCAGGGGCCCCCGCAGCAGCUGCCGCUGCUGCUACAGCUGCGGCGGCAGCGAGCGCGGCCAAGGCCUAGGUUUAGGCUGCUGUCGCAGCGGACGCAGCAGCAGCAGCAGCGGCGGCUGCUGCGGUGGAAGCAGCAGCAGCAGCAGCAGCGGCUUCAGCAGCAGCCAGCAGCAAAGGACUGGAGAGCCCUCGAGGACCCCCUGCUGCUGCCUGCUGCAGUUCAUUUGCUGCCACAGCACCGCCGCAUUUGUGUGCUGCGUUUAGACCUGCGUGCUGCUUGUGGCGCAGCAGCAGCUGCUGCGCUGCAGCGGCACCUGGAAACAGCACCGGCCGCAGCAGCAGCAGCAACACCAGCUGCUGCUGCUGCUGCUGCUACGGACGUGAGCCCUCCGAAGGCGCCGCAGCGCAGCGAAACAACUCAGGGACGGUCAAAGGCAGCAGCAGCAACAGCAGCAGCAGCAGCAGCCAGUGCUGCUGCUACUGUUGCUUCGUUUGAAGCAGAAGGACCUGCUGCUGCGGGCGGAAGCAGCAGAAGCAGCCGCAGCGGCAGCAGCGGCAGCAGCAGCAGCUUGCUGCCAGCAGCAGAAGACGUCGUGUGGGACAUCUGCGACUCUGGUGUCGCACUGGAGGGCCUGGCAGCUAGCUGGCUAGCUGACCACAACAUCCCGUUGUCUGUGCAGCUAGCUGGGCAGAAGCAGCAGCAGCAGCAGCAGCAGCAGUCAGUGCAGAGUGCGCGUGCCCCAACUCGUUUGACAGCCUGCAGCAGCAAUAACAGCAGCUGCAACCGAAGAAACGCUGCAGCAGCAGCAGCAGCUGGAGAAGAUUCUGUCGGUUGCUGCACUGUGGACGUGCUGCAGAUGCUGCUUUCGAGCCUGCGGCAGCAGCUAGCUGCAGCACAAGAGCGGGAGGCGGAUUUUACGCUGCUGCUGCAGCUGCUGCAGCAGGCUGAGAAGCAGCAGCGGCUCGACGGACAGCGAACACAGCCGCAGCAGCAGCAGCAGCAGCACGUCGCAGCAGCGGCGUGUGACGACUCGCGUUGUACAGCACAGAUUGGCAGCAGCGACAGCAGCAGCAACAGCAACAGCAACAGCAGCAACACCAGCAGCAGCAACAGCAACAGCAGCAGCAGCAGCAGCAGCAAUUGCUGCUCCAGUAGUGCUCACGAUUUAGGUGGUGCGGCAGCGAAUGCCAUAGCGCCUGCAACCACCAACACGAGGGAUGGUGCGCAGCAGCAGCAGCAGCAACAGCAGCAGCACGAGCAGCAGCCGCAACACGAGCAACGGCAGCAGCAGCAGCACGAACAGCAGCAGCACUCGCCCGAGCAGCAACACGAGCAGCAGCAGCACUCGCAGCAACAGCAGCAACAAGAGCAGCAGCAGCAGCAGCAGCUGCAGUGCGUGCUGGAGGUGACAGCAAACGACCCCAACAGCGGCUGGCGGCUGCAGGACCGUUUGCUGUGGUCUUUAGAUGCUAGUGAUGCUGCUGUUUAUGCACAAGUGCAGCAGCUGAGUACGGAGCUGCUGCUGCCGCCGCGGCUUGCUGCUGCUUACUUUGCUGCGCUGCUGCAGCAGAUUGGCAGCAAGCGCCACGCUGCAGUGCUGCAGCACCGGCAGCAGCUCAAGGGGGCCCACCAGGCCUGGGGCCUGGCGCCGCCUUUCUGCUGCAGGGGCGCUGCAGCAGCAGAAGCAGCAGCAGCAGCAGAAGCAGCAGAAGAGGACGCUGCUGCUGCUGCUGCUGCGGCCACUACCAGUCCAAAAGCAGCAGCAACGGAGCAGCAUGCUUUGCCAGCUGCUGUUGCGGGCGCUGCUGCAGCGGAGGCUGCCGUAGCAGCAACGACCAACGGCUACCACUCCAGCAGCAGCAUCAGCAGCGUCAGCAGCAGCACCGACAGCAGCGUCUCAGCAGCAACCCCAGGAACGCGGCAACAGCAGCAGCAGAAGCAGAAGUGGCAGCAGCAGCAGCAUGACGGACAGGAGCAGCAGCCAAGGCCCCGCAGCAGUAUGCUGCGCGGGUCGCUGGAGGGCUUGAGGACUCACAAGGGCCUUUUCGUUUACUGCCCAGAGAGCGCGGAGUCUCUUUUGUCCCCAUGGACAAGUUUAGUUCGCCGCGUGGAGAGGACUUGCUGCAGCCGCCCGCGGCCGCUGCUGCUGCGCUGCAGCAGCAGCAGCAGCAGCAGCGAGAGCAGCAGCGAGAGCAGCAGCGGCAGCGACAGCAGCAGCAGCAAUGAGAGCGAACCGGAGGCAAGCCUUCCGUGCUGCCGGCUUCGCAAAGCCGCCGCGCUCAGGGGCCAUCGGCGCCGCCGCAGCAGCAGCAGCAGCAGCAGUCCCAGCAGCAGCAACAAUGCAGUCACAUUGCGGAGGCCACAAGAGGCCUCUUCUCGCCUCAUUGCAUCUUGGUGUGCUGUUUCUGCUGCUAAACGGCGGCUUGCUGCUGCAGAUGCUGUGGCUCAGUGGGUGUGGCAGGCUGGAGGCAGCAGAGGAGCAGCAGCUGCAGCCGCUGCUGCUGCUGCAGCGACAAGAAAGCGAGUUGUAAGGGUUCCGCCUGCUGCCGAGUCUUCUGACGCAGCAGCAGACGGGCCCGAAAACUGCAACAUUCCGUUACAGCUGCUACAGCAGCAGCAACAGCAGCAGCAACAGCAGCAACAGCAGCAGCAGCAGCAGCAGUGGGGCCCCACACUUACCUGGACUCCGGGGGCGCAGCAGUGGCACAGGCGGCUUCCCCCACCCAAACGGAAGAAGCGCUAG